UUUUUGCCUGUCCACUCUCUAGCUGGUUUGGAGCAUGCUAAAAAAAGUGUGAGAGAGAUGGUUAUAUGGCCUUUAUUACGUCCUGACAUUUUUAAAGGUUGCCGUUCUCCGGGAAAAGGUCUUCUUCUGUUUGGUCCCCCAGGAACGGGUAAAACAAUGAUAGGGAAAGCCAUAGCUGGAGAGGCUAAAGCAACCUUUUUCUACAUAUCUUCCAGUUCGGUAACCAGCAAAUGGGUCGGUGAGAGUGAAAAGCUAGUGAGAGCACUUUUUGGAGUUGCCUAUUGUCGUCAGCCGGCUGUCAUAUUCGUUGAUGAAAUAGAUUCGCUUUUGUCCAAGCGCAAAGAAGGUGAAUAUGAAUCAUAUAGACGAUUCAAGACCCAAUUUCUUAUUGAAAUGGAAGGCUUUGAUAGUGGGAGUGAGCAAAUUCUGCUUAUAGGAGCAACAAAUAGACCCCAAGAACUUGAUGAGGCAGCACGAAGGCGACUGACUAAGCGACUAUACAUUCCCCUCCCUUCUUCAGAUGCGAGGUCAUGGAUCAUCCGCAAUCUCUUAGAAAAGGAUGGGUUAUUUAAGCUUUCAAAGGAGGAUACUGAUAAGAUAUGCGAGUUAACUGAAGGGUAUUCAGGAUCAGAUAUGAAAAAUCUAGUGCAGGGUGCCUCCAUGGGUCCACUGAGAGAGGCUCUGAAACAGGGCAUAGAUAUUACAAAGCUGAAACAGGAAGAUAUGAGGCCAGUAAAUCUCGAGGACUUUGAGAGUGCAUUUCUGGAGGUGAGUCGCUCUGUAUCUUUGGAUGAAAUCGGUGCAUAUGAGGAGUACAACCGAAAAUUUGGAAGCUUGUCGUUCUAGAGGUCUGUUUGGUUAGUGAAGAACGAAAAUAGGUGACAAAUUACCGCAAGUUGUAAUGGUUUGGAAGAUCAAUCAAUAAACAUUGACUUGCUGAUCGAUGUUAGAAUCAUGUUUUUAGUGUGUUCCCGAAGCUUUAAACUUCUUCCUUGUGCAUCAACUUUCAGGAAUAAGAAGUGU